AUGUCACUUCAAUUGCUCAAUCCUAAGGCAGAAUCUCUAAGGAGAGACGCAGCUCUAAAGGUCAAUGUUACCUCAGCCGAAGGUUUGCAAUCCGUGCUGGAAACUAACCUUGGCCCAAAGGGAACUCUUAAAAUGCUGGUAGACGGUGCAGGUAAUAUCAAGCUUACAAAAGAUGGGAAAGUGCUAUUGACUGAAAUGCAAAUUCAAUCACCAACUGCGGUGAUGAUUGCACGUGCUGCCGCUGCUCAGGAUGAGAUCACUGGUGAUGGUACCACAACAGUAGUGUGUUUGGUGGGUGAGCUGUUGAAACAAGCUUACAGAUACAUCCAAGAAGGUGUGCAUCCAAGAAUGAUUACAGAUGGCUUUGAAAUCGCGCGUACGGAAACGAUGAAGUACUUGGACCAAUUUAAGAUUGACAAGAGCCAAAACGGCGACCUUGACCGUGAGUUCCUAUUGCAGGUCGCCAGAAGCUCAUUGUCUACAAAGGUUACCCCAGAAAUUGCAGAGGUGCUCACACCAAUAGUCACUGAUGCUGUUUUGAGUGUCCAGAAUAGCGACAGUAGAUCCCUCGAUCUUCAUAUGGUCGAAAUUAUGCAAAUGCAGCAUUUAUCUCCAAAGGAUACAUGUUUCGUGAGAGGUUUAGUCUUAGACCAUGGCGCUAGGCACCCAGAUAUGCCUACCAGAGUUGAAAAUGCUUAUGUGCUUAUUUUGAACGUUUCUCUAGAAUAUGAAAAAACUGAAGUGAACUCGGGAUUUUACUAUAGUUCGGCUGACCAGAGAGACAAAUUGGCUGCCAGUGAGAGAAAAUUUGUUGACGAAAAGCUGAAAAAGAUCAUCGAUUUGAAAAAUGAAGUGUGUGGCAUGAACUCUAACAAGGGAUUUGUUAUUAUCAACCAAAAGGGUAUCGAUCCAAUGUCGCUUGAUGUCCUUGCGAAACACAACAUUUUGGCACUAAGAAGAGCCAAGAGGCGUAAUAUGGAAAGAUUACAGCUAGUCACGGGGGGCGAGGCCCAGAACUCUGUUGACGAUCUCUCACCCUCUGUUCUAGGCUACUCCGGACUCGUAUAUCAAGAAACGAUUGGUGAAGAGAAGUUCACAUAUGUCACGGAAAAUAAGGAUCCCAAGUCUUGUACCAUUCUCAUUAAGGGUGCUACAUACCACGCAUUAAACCAGACCAAAGAUGCAGUCAGAGACGGCUUGAGGGCUGUGGCUAAUGUUCUCAAAGAUAAGGCUGUAAUUCCGGGUGCCGGUGCUUUCUUUUUAGCCGCCUCCAAUCAUCUCAAAACUUCCAACAUGAAUAAGUUAGGCGCUAAGGGAAAGAAGAAAACUGGUGUUCAGGCCUUUGCCGAAGGAUUACUGGUGGUUCCAAAGACCUUAGUGAAGAAUUCUGGUUAUGAUGCAUUAGACGUUUUGGCAAUAUGCCAAGAUGAACUAGAUGAAGAGGAAGGUAGAGCGGUAGGCGUGGAUCUUAACGUGGGUGACUCCUGUGAUCCAACUAUUGAGGGUAUUUGGGACUCUUAUAGGGUCAUUAGAAAUGCCAUUACUGGUGCCACUGGAAUUGCUAGUAACUUGCUAUUAUGUGAUGAGCUUCUCAGGGCAGGAAGAUCUACUUUGAAAGAGGGUCCUCCACAAUGA